CCUCUUUAUGCUUUUUCACGUGAAAGAGCCUUUAUAAGGGGCCAAUAGUUGAAAUCUAUGGUACACCACAGAACUGCAUAAGGAACUACUCUUUUUGUGCAUACUUUAAUUUGUACAUUUUAACAUUUCAACAUGGCAGCCUACACAUUACCGGAGGGAUUCACUGAUUUUGAUAUGUUUACAUUCGGGUCAGCACUUCUGUUUGGGGGGAUGGUUGGAUUCUUGCUCAACCUAAUCACUAUCCUGGCCUUCCUCAGAGUGAAGGAGCUGCGAAACCCCAGUAACUUCUUUGUGUUCAACCUCGCCCUGGCUGACAUCAGCCUCAACAUCAACGGACUAACAGCUGCGUAUGCCAGCUAUCUCAGACAUUGGCCAUUCGGUCAAGAUGGCUGUGCCUUUCAUGGUUUCCAGGGAAUGAUAUCAGUCCUGGCUUCCAUCAGUUUCAUGGCUGCCAUCGCCUGGGACAGAUAUCACCAGUACUGCACCAGACAAAAGCUCUUUUGGAGUACAACUGUGACCAUGAGCACCAUUAUCUGGGGUCUGUCCAUCUUCUGGGCUGCCGUACCUCUCUAUGGGUGGGGAGUCUAUGACUUUGAGCCGAUGAGGACUUGCUGCACGCUGGACUACACCAAAGGAGACAGGGACUACAUGACCUACAUGCUAACUCUGGUGCUGCUCUACCUGCUGUUCCCUGCCAUGACCAUGAUGUCAUCCUAUGAUGCCAUCAACAAACACUUCAAGAAGAUCCAUCACUACAGGUUUAACACAAGUUUGCCUUUGAGGGUAAUGCUGAUGUGCUGGGGCCCCUACGUCCUCAUGUGCAUUUACGCCUGCUUUGAGAAUGUGAAAGUCAUAUCCCCAAAGCUGAGAAUGGUGCUUCCGGUUCUCGCAAAGACAAACCCCAUUUUCAACGCUAUCCUCUACUCCUUUGGAAAUGAGUUCUACCGGGGCGGGGUGUGGCAUUUCCUCACUGGACAAAAGAUCGUCGAUCCAGUUCUUAAGAAAUCCAAAUAAAAGGAAACUCCUGCUGCGUUCUGGCCAAAACCUAAAAUCACCAUGCACUCUCACGAUAGGUUCCACAUUGGAAGAAUACUUGUGGUACGAAUGCUGUGAAGUCAGUGUCACUCUGCCAUUUAGAACCAGUCCAUUAGCUUAUUUCUAGAGACUGUACAAAUGCCUUAUUUUCAUAACAUUAAGUCAGUAAAUGAAACUCAGGACAAUUCCUAACCAAGUUUGGAGUCACCAGAGCAGGCUGCCUCUGGACACACAGUGUGUGUUGCAGGUAUGAUACAUUAUAAUGCAUUCUUACAGGGCGAGUCUGUGAAAUGCCACAUAAGACCAAUUCUUGCAUGCUUUCUAUUUCAAUGUGUCUCUAACCUUCACUGUUUCUCUGCCUGUGUUUAACCACUUCCAAUAAAUAUGCUGGGUUGCCAGUCUUUGACUUGC